AUGGUCAGUGAAGUUAAAAAAGGGUAUUUGGACCCCAAACAUAUCGAAUGGGAAUUUGGUGGACCAAUUGGUGUCACUAUUAUGAUGGGAUUUUUCCCAUUAUUGAUGUGGUACAUGUGGAUCAGUUUACAAUUCUAUGAAGGUUUUGCUUUCCCUCACGACGGUCAAGAUUGGUUUCAAUUUUCAAGAGAAUUUGGAAGUUACUUUGUGGAAUAUGGUAUUCCGUCUUUCAAGAGUUGGUUUGUUUUCACUGCUUUCGUGGUCGUUCAAGGUGUUUUCUACGUGACUUUACCUGGUUUCUGGUCAAAAGGUUUACCAUUAGCUCAUUUAAAUAACGAACAAUUACCAUAUUUUUGUAAUUCAUUGGCUUCCGUUUACGUUAGCACCGCUUUAAUUUUUGUUUUCAAUCAUUUUGGAAUUUUCCAUAUCAGUUACUUAAUCGAUAACUUCGGUGAAAUCAUGACUUGUGCUAUUGUUUAUGGUUUAUUGUUUUCUUUUGGUUUAUACUUCUACACCAUGUAUGUUUCUCAUGACUACCAUGAUUUAACAGGUAACAUGAUGUAUGAUGUUUGGAUGGGAGCUUCAUUGAAUCCAAGAAUUGGUAAAUACUUAGAUUUAAAGAUGUUUUUCGAAGUCAGAAUUCCAUGGUACAUUUUAUACUUCCUCGCCAUUUCACUUGUAUUCAAACAACAAGAACAAUAUGGGUACAUCACUCCACAAGCUUUGUUUGUUCUUUUUGCCCACUGGCUUUAUGCUCAUGCUUGUUCCAAAGGUGAAGAAUUAAUCACUGCCAGUUGGGACAUGGCUUACGAAAAAUUUGGUUUCAUGUUAAUUUUCUGGAACAUUGCUGGUGUUCCAUUCACUUACAGUUUAUGUACCUUAUACUUAGCUUACAAUGACCCUGAAGAAUAUAAUUGGUCUGCAGGCUACAUGUUCUUGUUGUAUACUAUCGUCUUCGUCGGUUACUACUUCUUUGACACUGGUAAUCGUCAAAAAUAUGAAUUCAGAAGAACUAUUGCCAAUGUUCCACCAGCAAGAAAAACUUUCCCAUAUUUACCAUAUUCAAAAGUUGAAAAUCCUAAAUAUUUAAAAACCAAACAAGGUUCUUACUUGAUGAUUGAUGGUUGGUACGUUUGGGCCCGUAAGAUCAAUUACACCGCUGACUAUUUUAUGUGUUUAACCUGGGCUUUAGUUUGUGGUGUUAAUUCACCAUGGCCAUGGUUCCACCCUGUUUUCUUUGCCGUUGCUUUAUUACAAAGAAAUUACAGAGAUCAAAGAAAAUGUGAAAAGAAAUAUGGUGAUGAUUGGGAUGAAUACUUAAAGCAUUGUCCAUGGACUUUCAUUCCUUAUGUUUAUUAG